GCAACAACACGCACUCACAUACGCACGCUCCCGUAUGUCGUCGCGAGCGGAUUCACCGGAGCACCGUCGCCGCCAGCCGCCGUCGCCUUUUUCGGUGGCUUCGCAACCGCCGCCGCUGGCAGCCUCACGCCGAGGGCGCCUGUACUUCUUCAGGCCGAGGCGUGUUGUGUGUGCUUGGAUGUCCUGCUACCGCGCGUCUGGACGUCAAGCGCCGCGGCCGUUUCCAACGUGCCCACGGCACCGGCUGCACCUCGAAUGCCUCGCCCAGCUCCGAGUGCAAGCGUCCCGUUCGUCCGACUUGUUGUGGCCAUUAUGCCGCCACGGUCGCUGCCCCGCUUGCGAGCCGGAGGGGUGGAUGCCCCGGCACGCCGCGGCGUUCCGCGCGUCCAGGCAGACGUCGUCCGCUUGCCGGAUCGCGAAAUGCAAUGGGCGCCUCUACCGGUCCGGCACGAUGCUGGCAUUGCAAGUUGGGUGCCAGCGUGGGUGUGCCCUGCUUGCGCCCGGGACGUGCGCCUCCCUGAUGUCCCGGUGCCCGCGCAGGCAGGAGAGCUGUGCGGUGGCUGCGGAAAUCAGCUGCGCUGGGAGUACGUGCAUCAGACCCGCAGAGGUGCCGCUGGCGUCAGGCCCCGUCCCUGGUCCCACGUGCUCCGGUCCCGCGGCUGCUCAGCUUCCCGCGGUUGGCUACUGGUUGUCGCGCGGGCUUCCCGCAGGCGAGGUCUGGGAGAGCCCAACUCCUGGCUAUACGUGCCGCUGCUGCAAGCUGCAGCGGGGGACCUACUAUCGCCUGCGGCCGAGGCUUGGUGGGCAGACCCGCGGACCCGCGGCUGGUGGGAAGAAGCCAGGCGACUGUUGGUUGCGUCCGAUCCUAUCUCGCGACACUUGCUGGCAGCGGCCAUCCGUCGUGCUGCGGAGGCCACGCCUGCAUACAGCCAUCACAUACCCGACAUCCUAGAGCGCUUGGGGCAGGAGGCUCUGCUGGAGUGUUACGGUGGCCUCCGGGUGGCAUCGGCGCUCGAUCGCCACUCCGAUCGCUUCCGCGCGGAGCCGCCGACUGCUGGAACGGAGGGCCGCGCUGUGCUGAUGCGCCGGUUGCAGCUGCUCCAACAAGGAGGCUACCCAGCGCGGGCCGCAGCCUGUGCUAAAGUCAAGCAGGGCCAGCUGGCGCGAGAUGUUGACGGCGAACGUCAACGACUCGAGCGCCGCAGCGUCGUCCAGGAGAAGCUUGUAAAGCUCAACGGUGGCUCCGGACAGACGCGCGCUUGGGGCGUCGGCAACCUGCGCGACGGUCAGGGUUACUUCCUCAGCGGCGCUGAACGUGAGGACAUCUGGCGUCAAGGGCCGCAGCAGCUGCGGCGGCCGACGCGCGCCAAUCGCACAGGAUGCGAUCGCCUUGUCCCGCCUCACGGCUCUGCGCAAGCCCGGCGGCGGCGUGCGAGGAAUAGCUACCGGGGACGUGUUUCGGCGGCUCCGCCGGGUCAGGGGGGGCUGGGCCUUCUCGCGGCCGAGCGCAUCUCACCAGCGGCAUACUGGGCAGCAUGGGCCGACGCGCUCCCGGUCCUGCGCCAGCGGUAUCGGAAGCUACGGACCGCUUGCUCCAUGACCUCACCCAGGCCCGGGGUCCGCCGUGUUUGCAGGUUGCCGCUGCCGCGGCGGUGCGGCUCGAUGAGGCGGGUUGGGCUGACCGUCCCGGCUGGGAAGCGUGCGCUGGCGAUGGUGGCAAGGGGAGCUCGGGCUGGGAGGCCUGGGUGGCAGCGGCACGCUGCUCUCGCACUUCACACUUUCCCCGCUGUGGCCGGCAUGUGGCUCGCAGCCAUCCCCACAGACGCAGCAACCACCCUUGCCCCUGACCUUAUGCACAAUGCGGGCCCGGCGCGCGCCAGCCCCGUUGAGGGCGUCGGCGACGCAGGGAUGGGCGCGUCGGUCGCUCUGCAGCGUGCCGUGGCAAGUUCCGUGCUCCGGGUUUGGACCAUGCCACCAUCCCCCGGCGCGCCGGACGACGUGCCGCUGGGCGAUGUCCUUGACCUCGCUGAGGUGGCCCCGACGUUGCCGGGGGAGGUGACGCCGGGUUUCACGCCGACUGAAGUGCCAGCGCCACCAGAGCAGAUGGCGGGCCUUGUGCUCGGCGAGUGGAGCGGCUGCGGCCCGCCCUGCACAAGGGAUCUCCCUGCCCGCAACUCGUGGCUCUACGUGCCAUUGCUCCACGCGGCCUCGGCCACACUCGCCCCUGCGGCCUCCGGCCAGUGGGUGGCCCAUCCCGUGUGCGGCGUGCGGUGGCAAGCACUGGUGCAUACACUCGCCCGAGCUGAGCCUGUGCCUGCGGCCCAACUAGUCGCGCUGUGCAGAGCGGUGGCAGUGCUCGACGACGACGCCGAGGCGGCAGUGGUCGAAGCUGAGGCUUUGUGUCGCCGCCUCGACGCGCAUGCUGACCGGCUCGUGUCUCUCCCGACGGCUUUCGCUUGCGCUUGCGACGCCCACGGCUAUGCGCCCGCCGCCCGCUGUGGCCCAGGCGGCCUUGCUCGAAGCAUACGGGGGGCCUGCGGUGGCUGCGGAGGCGGCAAUGCUUGCCGAUGCCUUGCGUGCUGGCGAGCCACCUCCCGCACACGCAGCAGCAUCUCCCACACGUACCGGGCGACCGCGCCGAGGCCCGCCUCGCCUCCAACCCUUGAAGCGCUUGAUGCCGUGGAUCUUCUCGCAGAACUUCGUGGCCCCGUGCCGACCCUACAAGACGUCCCGGUCUUCUUGCGCGGCGGGUUGCGUCGCGCCUUGGAGUUCGCCCUGACCGCGCUGCGGGCGGCUUCUGCCGGGCCGGCAGAGGAGGCUGUACGCGCACGAGCUUGGAAACUUUUCCUCCUUACGCCUCGCAUGCUCCUCGCGCGGACGGCAGAGACCGGUGCUGCAGGCAGUCGCGAGCUAUUGGCCCGCGUUGGUGCGUACGAGCGAGCCGAAUGGCCCGCCCUGUUGGAACGCGCGCGCGCUCAGCAUCGGCCCGCCCGCGGAGCGAGCAACAUCGCCGAUGCAAAGGCUGCUGCGGCCCACCGACGCGCGCGCAGCUUGCGUGCUUGCAAGCGCGGCAGCGCGCCGGGCUUGUCGGGAGCGCGGGCCGAACACUACAAAGUCCUGCUAGAUCAGGCCGAUGCUCUGGAACUGCUGGCCGAGGCUGCCACCCUCCUCGCCCGUGCUGACGUGCCCCAGGAAGUCGCUGCCGGCAUUGCGCUUGCACGUAUGACUGCCAUCCAGAAGCCUGGAGGCGGGGUCCGUGGCAUCGCCACUGGCGACACGUUCCGGCGGCUUGUUUCCCGCACGUUGGCCGCCUCCCACGCUGCCACAUUCGAUGAGGCGACCCGACCAUUCCAACAUGCCUUAAGCACUCGCGCGGGCAUGGACGACGCUCUUACAGCGAAGCUGCGGGCUGCGUCAGUGGUGCGACGCCUGGUCCGCUUGCGGGCCUGCCGCGCCCCGGCACCUCUGCGCGCGGUUGCCGGUGUCGCCUGGGCACGCAGGUGGUGGAGCGCCCUGUCCGUCGCAUGCCAGCAGGCGGUCGGCUCAACGGCGCUGGGGAGGGCAAGGGCGGUAGUGGGGCCGGCGCAAGACAGCCUGCCGACCGUGGCUGCCGUCCUGGCUCUUGGUGACCCGGACGGACCGAGUCGCCUGCCGCUGCGCUGA